AUGGCACCCAAGCAACCCUACGAGGCAGCCCCGCCCUACGAAGAAUACUCUGCAGUCGCACAAGCGGACCAGGAUGACGUGGAAUCGCAGCCCUCUCGCUCCCACCAGCACGGAGAAACUGAUCCUACCGCCGCUAUCCCCCUUGUCACCUCGGUGAUUACCACCCCCCACGAGCACUGCGAUGCCUGCGAGCGGAUUAUCGCCCGACGAGAGCGUAGAAAGAGUCAGUUACAGUGCUGUGGAAUAGUCGGGAUUGUGUUCGUGAUCAUAUUUAUGUUCUUGACCAUUCUGGGAUCUAUGUUUGCGCGGGUCAAGGCGCAUGAUGACUGA